AUGGCAGAGUUACAAAGCACACCACAAGAUAUCAUACCAAUAAAUAGUGUAGAUGAUAUUCGUAAUGCCAUUCUAACAUCUAAAGUAACACUUACCGUUGCUCAUCAUAUUCUCAAUUCACCUUUAAAAGAUGAAUUCAUUACUAGUUUCUUUAUAUUAUUAAAUUCUGUUGAUGUUCAUUCAACAGUAAAGACAGUAUUUUUAUGUGCAUGUUUCCAAAACAAGUUAUAUUCUUUGGCCACCACGGUGUUGGAGACCAACAAGAUCACUUUUGUAGAGAUAUUAAAGUGUUUAAAGAUUUUAGACUCGAAAAGAGCCAUCACACAACUAAAGAAGAAAUUGGAAACACUAAAGACCAAUCAUGACCAAAGAAAGGAACGUAUUAAAAAGGUCUCUGAUGCUUUCUUGGCUGAAAAGGAAAAGGAAAAGCAAGAAAAGAAUGUAAAUAAUAAUAAUAAUAAUAAUAAUAAUAAUAAUAAUAAUAAUAAUAAUAAUAAUAAUAAUACGGAUAAUACUUCAAAAGAUGAAUCAUUGGAAGAUAAAAUGAAGGAAUUAUCAACUUCUUCUGAAGUAGUUGAACCAAAGAAGACUAAACCAACCAAACCAGUUGCUGCAGUUGUCCCAACUAGAACCGUAAGAGGUGGUAGAGGUGGUGCUGUAAGAGGAAGAGGUGGAAGAGGUGCUGCUCCUGUAAGAGGUGGUAGAGGUGGUAGUAGAGUACCAAGACCUUCAACAGCAUUUGCUGCAGUUGCCGUUGUUGAAGAUGAAGAUUCAGAAGAAAAGAAAGAUGAAUCAACCUCCACCACUGAAGCUACUGAAGUUACUCCAGCCAUACCAAAGAAAUUAAACAAAGCUGAAAAGAAAGCAAGAGAAGAUAAAUUUGAUCGUCGUCAUCAAAUAUCAGUAUCCAUGUUGGAAAACAAGAUCAAAGAGUUGGAAGCACACGAAUACCAAGGAUCAUUGAGUGGUAAUAUAGUACGUCUCUUUAAAAAGUGGUUCAACACAGUCUCUGAAAAGACAUUGGAAUACUUUGCAUUGGGUCAACCAAAGGAGACUUGGAAAGAGAUUGCCGACCUUUUGCAUUUGGCUCCAUCUGAUUUCAAGUAUCCAUGGUUCUUGGACGUGAUGUUUGGCAAGCCUGCACCAGAGGGAACAUCGGUCCGUGCCUUUGACGAUGCAUUGGCCAAGCCAGACGUGACAUCGGACACGUUGAAGCCAUUGGUCGAACAAUUCAAACCACCAUACUCUUUUGUGAGAAAGCGUAUCGAUGCCAAGUUGUCCGACGCUCUCUUGUCGACCGUCGCACGUUACGAAGAGCUGAAUAUCGUCAUUUGGUGGUACCACGAGUUUAGCAAGCACCCAUCCUACGAGAAUGACUCGAUCAUCGUUGACCGUAUCAACAAGGAGAUUCUCAGUCGUCCAGCCUCUGAACCGAUCAAUCUCAGCAUUGCUGUCGGUACUCUGAUCGACAAGUUGAUGGAGUUGUCCCAAAAGCAACGUACCAACCAGCCCAUCUUCCGUGCACUCCUCCAAGUCACCUUGCGCAAGCUCAAUCACUUUUCCGAGCGAUUCUCGUUGCCCCCACCAGUUGCAACACUCGGUGAUUGCAGUGGUUCGAUGGAAGUGGCUGUCCGUCUCGCCACCAUCUGCGGGUUCCUCGUCACCAACCUCACACCCAAUGCCACGCUCUCCUUUUUCAACACUGGCAGUAUUCCAUCGCCAGUUGAUCUCGAUUCCUUAGAGGCACUAUUUAGUUUCCCAGUGAGAGCCGAGGGUGGUACCUCGCCAGCUGCCGGUCUAUGGCCAUACCUCAGAGACAAGAUUCCUCUCAAAUACCUCGUCGUUGUCACCGAUGAAGAGGAGAAUCAAAACUGUCAAGGUCUCAAUUUCACCAAAAUGUACAAAAGAUAUCUCGACGAGGUUGCACCCAAAUGCAAACUCAUCUUUAUCUCUUUCCUCCAUCACCUUGGCAAGGGUCAAAUGGUCACCGAGAUCAAGUCUCAACUAGCCAUUGAACCACUUCAAUUUGUACUUGAUCGUUCAAAUCCAGAUGUUACCAAAAUUGAUCAUAUGUUGACAACUCUAUCUUGUGAAUCUGAUUUAUUCAAAACACAACAUGAUUUAUUAUGUACAAUUCAAUCAAUGUUUGGAUUAAAUUUCUUUUUGAAAUAUGUUUCAGAGAAUAAGGAUAAGUUUUUCACUUAUCCAUUCAAUGUUGAAAUGGUUGUAAUGAUCAUUCAACAUUUGGUUAAAUUCUAUAAAAAGACAUUGCCAACUGACAAGGGUGACUUGUACGACCACUUUAAUGCCCGUGUAUUCAAUGCAUCCAAUUGCUUGCAAAUGAUCAAAGAAUACGUUAAAAAGUUGUCUGCCGUUUCACACGAGUGUGAUAUGACUGCUCUUGCAGCAAUGGUCGAUGAAGCCACCAAAACAUUCAACACUAUGGCCAGUGAAAAGGGUGUUGAUUUCUUUUCAAAUCUCAUCGACAAUUUGGAACCAAGUCUAUUGGUCAAGAUCCCAACCAAUAACCUUUACAAACCAAACCUAGUUCAAUCAAUUGGUUCUGUUCCAGAUACUACAGUUGACCCAAACAACAACAACGCAUCUGUUACCAAUGGUAUGGACUCUGAUAUAAAGAUCAAAGAUAAAAUUAUCGACGCGUCUCUAACCAUCCCCGAUAUAAGCUUGAUUUUGAGAUCCAAUGUCAAAACCAAGUUUAUUCCAAUCUUUUUAUUAUUAUUAAAUAAUUUAGAUUUGGCCAGUAAAAUUAAGAUUAAUACAUUGUGUGCAGCAUUUGAGACCAAGUCAUUUUCAUUUGUUCAUCUUAUUCUUUUCAAUAAGAAAUAUGGUUUCAAAGAAGUUGCAAAAGCUAUAAAGAUUCUAGAUAGCAAGAGAGAAAUUAAAUCUUUAGAAGCUAAAUUGGCAAAGGCAAUUAAAACAAAUGAUGCCAGAGAUGAAGCUCUCAAAGCAAUCUCUGAUAAAUAUCAUCAAGAAAAAUUAAAACAACAACAAGAUCCAAAUAAUAAUAAUAAUAAUAAUAAUAAGAAAAAGGAAGAGGUGGAAGAGAAAAAGGAGGAUCAAGUUCAAGAUCCAAAUAAUAAUAAUAAUAAUAUUACUGAAUGGCCAGCACCAACAGCAACUACUACAACUACAACUACUACUACUACUACAACUGAAACGACAACUACUACAACUACAGCUACACGUGGAGGUGCCACUAGAGGUAGAGGUGGAUCAAGAGGUAGAGGUGGUAGAGGUGGAAGAGGUGGUAGAGGUGGAUCAAGAACUUCAAAACCAAUUGUCAAAAAGGUCGAGGGUGAAGAGUCAAAUGAUUCAUGUGAUAAUGAAAAAAAAGAAAAAAAAGAAAACAAAAAAGCAAGAGAAUCAUUAAUGAAACAUAGAUUUAAUGCAAGUUUGGAAUCACUUAGAUCAAGAAUUGAAAUACUUAAAAAGAAUGAAUGUAAUGGAUCAUUGACUGGAAGUAACAUUCGUAUCUUUAAAAAGUGGCUCAAUACAUUCCCAGAAAAGACAUUGGAAUACUUUGCAUUGGGCCAACCAAAGGAAACUUGGAAAGAAAUGGCUGACCUUUUACAUUUGGCUCCAUCUGAUUUCCAAGCAGAUUGGUUCCUCAAUGUAAUGUUUGAUAAUAAGGAUCAUGGAAGUGUAGUUGUCAAUGCAUUUGCAGAGGAAGGUUUAACGGUCGAUCAAAUGACAGAAUUGAUCAAAACACAUAAACCAUCAUACUCUUUUAUUAGAAAGAAGAUAUCACCUGCCGAGUUUACCGAUGACCUUAAAUACCUCAUUGCAUCGUAUGAAGAACUAUCUGUUGUUCUUUGGUGGUACCAUGAAUUGUCAACUUUUGAAGUUGAUCAAUUAAUCUCCCAGAGAUUAUUGUCUGGCGAUCUGCUUGCCGAACAAUCUAGUAACACUAAUAGCACAGAAUCAUCAUCUACCACCAAUGUAGUAACAUGUGGUACACUAUUAGAGAAAGCAAUGUAUUUCCAAAAACAAGGUAUUCCAAUCGACAUUUUACCGGUACUAGUAGAGUCUAUUAAAAAGUUGACAAACAAGUUUACUCUGCCACCACCCGUUGCAACACUUGGUGACUGUUCCAAUAGUAUGGAAGUAUCGAUUCGUCUAUCCACCAUUAUUUCAUCGCUCGUCACUUCAAUGACACCAAAUGCUUCGUUACGUUUCUUUAAUCAAGCUCCUAUUUGGGCACCUAUCAAUCCACGUGUCCUAUCCGAAGUGUUUAAUGUGUCGAAUAUUAUCCAGGCGAGUGGCAGCACUGCCCCAUCAGCAGGUCUCUACCCAUUCUUUGAGAAUGGAGACAAGCUCAAGUUUGUAGUAUUGGUUAGUGACGAGGAGGAGAACCAGUUGUACAAGGGCUACAACUUUACCAAACUCUACCAAGAGUAUCUCCAAAAGGUUGCUCCAGACUGUCGUCUAGUGUUGGUUUCUUUCCUCCGUCAACACGAUGAAGGUCAACUAAUGACAGAGAUCCAAGAGACACUUGGUAUCAAACCCAUCCACUACCGUCUCGACAAGAAUAGACCUGAUAUCACCAAGAUUGACGACCUCUUGACCACACUCUCUUGUCAAUCAGACAGUUUCCGUUAUCAAGUGCAAGCAUUACAGUUGAUGAUCGAGAUGCUCGGUGAAAAGUACUAUGCCAAAUUUAUCAAACCCAACGAACACAAAUACUUUACCGAAUCGUUUACCUUUGAAAUCCUAUUUGAUACUCUUAAUGUAUUGAACGACUUUUUAAGCGAAGGUAUCGAGGAGGAGGAUGAAGAGACACAGCAAACCUUGAUCAACCAAGUCACCACCUUUGGAGGUGCUAAACUCGCCAAAUAUAUCACUGAUCUCAUCGAGACGAUUGCCCACGCUCAAGGAUUCUCUGAUUUGUCCAAAGCAAUGGAGACAUUACUCAAACAGUCACUUGACAAUCCAUCGCUCACGGAAUUUGUAAAGAUUCAAAAGUUUGUAGAGCUGGUAGAACAAGUCAGCGUCGAUCAAUCACUCUACACUUCAAACGCUCAAAAGAAACAACUUGCUCAAGACACUGCUAGCAAUGAAGUAGAUGCAGUUGGUGGUAGUUCAACAGCAGUGACAACUACCCAUGUCUCCAAUUCAUUGACCAACCGUGAAAAAACCCAACUCAAUGAAAUGGAACUAAACAUUUUGUUUGGGUAUGUUAAGGAUCUCUCGACAUUAAAGGCAUGUUCAUUGGUCAACAAGUUGUGGAGAAAGGUAACACUCUAUCCAACUCAUUGGACAAGAUUUAUUGGUAAUAUCGGUGGAGAUGAACGUGACUUGGAUCUAGUGUUUUUGGUCGAUAAUACCGGUAGUAUGAGUGGAGAGAUUGAACAAUGUAAAGACAAAAUCAAAGAGAUUGUAGAUGAUAUCUCUGCCAUUGGUAAUGUCAAUGUACGUGUUGGUAUGGUGUUUUACAACGAUCAUCCAGUUUCCAAUGUCUGCCAAGUGUUUGACUUUACAGAUAAUAUCGCCAAGAUGAAGACACAGUUGUCUUCGGUCACAGUAUACGGUGGUGACGACGAGCCAGAAGCCAUGGCCGAUGGUUUCUACGAGGUCAACAAACUGUCAUUCACACCCAACUCUACCCGUGUGUUGGUAUUGAUUGGUGACGCCAAUCCACACGGUUUCGGAGGUAAUGGUGAUCAUUAUCCAGGUGGAUGUCCAUGUAACCACGAUAUCAUAGAGUUGGCUAGAAAGUUGGUCAUCGAGAAGCGAGUCACUAUCUACUCGGUACUGUGUCGUCCAGCCAACCACACAUAUCAAGUAUUUUCAGCCUUGUCUGAUCUCUCUGAGGGUCGUCUCUUUACUCUAAGCAAUGCCGCAGAAUUGAGUUUUGUCAUUACUGGCUCGGCCAAGGAACGUUUACAUCUCGACAACAUUGUCCCAGUUGUCAUGAAGGAAAUUGAAAUGAUCCAACUCUCAAUGCCACUCAUCUCCAAGGAAGAAGCAAUCUACCGUGCAUCAUUUGAACUACGUAAAAAGGGUGUCACCGUUCCAAGACAUCGUGAAAGUAAAAUGGCACUCGCUUUCGAAAAGGAAGAUACCUACCAUUCCAUCGUCAGAUCAAGUACCUAUGCUGAAUACAAAGCCAAACAAUUACAAUCAAAAACUAAUCCAAAGGUUUUAAAGACAAAGAAAUCUCAUUCCCCUUCUACCGCUACCACAGAAUCUGAUCCAAAUAUUAAAUUUGAACAAGAACCAAUCACUAUUUUAGAUAUUCAAAAAAUUGCAAAGAAAUUAAAGUUUAUAAAUUAA